AUGUCUUUUCUCACCAAACGAAGAAACAGCACUCGAAACCGCGAUGACAAUGCCUUUCCCGCAGCCCAGCUCUUCCUGCUCGCACUUGUGCGAGUCGCAGAGCCAAUUGCCCUGACAAGCAUACUGCCCUAUGCGUGGAAACUUGUCUUGAGUUUCGAAGUCUCCUCGGAAUCUAAUGCGCCAUUUUUUGCGGGCCUGCUCAUCUCUGCCUUUUCGCUGGCCGAAGCAUGUAGUGGAAUGGCAUGGGGUGCCUUAUCCGACAGGACAGGUCGCAAGCCUGUCGUCUUCAUAGGAUGCGCAGGUACCAUCACCUCUUUGCUGCUCGUCGGUUUCGCGCCCAACUUCUGGGUCGCCCUAGCGGGGAGGAUCGUUGGCGGUGCACUCAACGGUAACAUAGGCGUUAUCCAGACGAUGGUCGGCGAGCUGGUAAGGAACCCAGAGCAUGAACCAAGGGCAUAUGCAGUUAUGCCGUUUGUUUGGAGCAUUGGAACUAUCAUCGGUCCUUCCAUUGGCGGCAUAUUCUCGCAACCUGCUGAGAACUUUCCAUCUAUGUUCAGCUCGACAGGUCUAUUCGCGAUGUUCCCAUAUCUCCUGCCCAACCUCAUGUGCUCUUCCUUGCUGAUUCUCUCCAUGGUCAUGGCGUACUUCUUGCUGGAGGAGACACAUCCCGACAAGCGACCAGGGCACCACAAGGAAGGCGACGAUACUGCUACCGCGAAUACACCAUUACUUCCAGCUCAAGGAGCUACCGCCGAUGCCCCCGCGGACCUGACAUCUGAGUCGUAUGGCACAUUCAAUGCUGUUGAGGUGCAGCACGACGAGAUGUGGCGGGUUCGAUCUAAUGGCGAUUGGGUCGAACAGCCAGCAAGUGAGAAAGUGUUGACCAAGACCGUCGUUACGUUUGUCGUCGCAUUAUCGAUAUUCACGUACCACAGCAUGACCUACGAUCACCUUAUACCUAUCUUCCUCCAGGACAAGCGGGCCGACGAUGUUCACGCCCAAGAGCUAUCAUAUACAGCCUUGGGCGGUGGUCUUGGGCUCUCGACGCAGCAAGUUGAUCUGAUUCUUUCAAUCAACGGAGUCAUACAACUUGCGAUUCAGGCCGUUGUUUUUCCGAUGCUUGCGGACCGCUUUGGAGUUUGGCGGCUUCUGCUUAUGGUCACUCUUGCGCACCCGAUCGCCUACAUCAUCGUACCAUUCCUUCAGCUCUUACCUCCGAAUCUUGUUUAUCCUGGGCUUUUCGCUGCGUUGAGCGUACGAAAUCUCACUUCCAUUCUGGCCUUCCCUCUGCUACUCAUCAUGAUAAAAGAGUCGGCACCCGACAAGUCGCACCUCGGUAAGAUCAAUGGCCUUGCUGCUUCUACCGGAGCUGCCUGUCGAAGUGUUGCAAGCCCUAUCGCCGGGUUGCUAUAUGGCCUGUCCAUCGAGGUUCGAUUCACACCACUGGCCUGGUGGGCAUCAGCUUUGGUUGCUUUGGUUGGCGCAUUGCAGGUGCCAUUCAUGAAUCGCGCAGCCAACAACUGCCACGCUCGUGUUCGCAUGGCUUUCAAAGAACAGUCACGGGACGAAACUGUUCAUAUCACAGUGGAAGAUUGA